AGUAACUUAAUUAAAGAGAUAAGAUGGAAAAAAAUAAAAGCUAUUAGAAAUAAUUUGUUGAUUUUUCUUAUUGAAAAUCCAAUCGGCAAAAUCGAUAGGAGUUGUAAGCGCCAUUCGCUCUAGCGAAGACGAAAAGGCGGAGCCAGAGGCCACGACCACACUAUCAAACACGCACGCUCCCUGGCGGUCACGAUGAAAGCUACGCCUAAGCCGCCACCGGCUGGCCCUACCAACAGCGAACCGAACAGCUUCAGUUGAACGGUCUUAACCGACGGACAAACACAACAAUGUAAACAAAGAAAUCGAAUCGAAAUCGACCUACUACAUAAUUUAAUUUCUUCCGGUGCGUGUUUUUUUAAAAAUAAACUUAAACAUGUUGGUUCCGGCCGAUAUGCUGGCCGCGCAGUCCAAGAUGCUCUACCAAAUUAACAAAUACUACGGCGAAAGAGUGCAAACGCGGAUGGGCACCGUGGCCAAGACCAUCAGGGAGGUGUGCAAAGUGGUGCAGGACGUUUUAAAGGAGGUUGAAGUGCAGGAACCGCGGUUCAUAUCCAGCCUCACCGAGUGCAACGGCAGAUACGAAGGAUUGGAGGUUAUAUCUCCAAACGAAUUCGAAGUGGUUCUCUACUUAAACCAGAUGGGUGUGUUCAAUUUCGUGGACGACGGCACCCUGCCGGGUUGCGCCGUUCUCAAACUAAGCGACGGUCGCAAAAGAUCCAUGUCCCUGUGGGUGGAGUUUAUCACCGCCAGCGGUUACCUGUCUGCGAGAAAGAUCCGCUCCAGGUUCCAAACCCUGGUGGCUCAAGCGUGCGACAAGUGCAGCUACAGGGACUCCGUGAAGAUGAUAGCCGACACCACCGAAGUGAAACUACGAAUCAGGGAACGAUUUAUCGUUCAAAUAACGCCGGCUUUCAAAUGCUCAGGUAACGAUUUGUUUAUUUUUGAAUGCUUACAAACACAUUUUGCUUUUGGUUGUUUUCCUCUUUUUACAAAUCGUCAAUUAGCUUUUUCUGCAGGCGUUUGGCCGCGAUCGGCUGCCCACUGGCCGAUACCGCACAUCCCCUGGCCGCAUCCCAAUCUCGUCGCCGAAGUCAAAACCGAAGGGUUCGAUUUGCUUUCCAAGGAGUGCGUGGCCGUGCAGGGCAAACAAUCGGCCAUGGAAGGCGACGCUUGGGUUCUAUCUUUCCUCGAGGCAGAGAACAGAUUGCUGCAAGGAGGUAAUAUCAACAUUUUUGCAACAAAAGACGAUACGCUGAUUUACUAUGUCUCUAUAGGUUGCCGAAGAAGAUGUCUAAGCAUCUUGAAGACCCUUCGCGAUAGACACCUGGAUUUGCCUGGCAAUCCCGUCACCAGCUACCACUUGAAAACCCUUUUGCUGUACGAAUGCGAAAAGCAUCCGAGAGAGUGCGAAUGGGACGAACAGUGCAUCGGCGACAGGAUAAACGGGAUAUUCCUGCAGCUUAUCUCCUGCUUACAGUGCAGAAGGUGCCCGCAUUAUUUCCUACCCAACUUGGAUUUGUUUAAAGGAAAGUCGCCCAUGCCGCCAGACAUGCUGCAGGCCCAAUCGAAGAUGGUCUACCAACUCAACAAAUACUACACGGAAAAAGUGCAAACUCGCAAGGUGCAAAUCACGAAAACCAUUCAGGAGGUCUGCCGAGUGGUGCAGGACGUUUUAAAGGAGGUGGAAGUGCAGGAACCGCGAUUCAUAUCCAGCCUCACCGACUACAACGGCCGCUACGAGGGCUUGGAAGUGAUCAGCCCCGUGGAAUUCGAAGUUGUCAUCUACCUGAACCAAAUGGGAGUUUUGAAUUUCGUGGACGACGGCACUCUGCCCGGCUGCGCGGUUCUGAAACUAUCCGACGGCAGGAAAAGAUCCAUGUCUUUGUGGGUUGAAUUUAUUACGGCGAGCGGUUAUCUGUCGGCAAGGAAGAUGCGUUCGAGGUUCCAAACCCUGGUGGCUCAAGCGUGCGACAAGUGCAGCUACAGGGACUCCGUGAAGAUGAUAGCCGACACCACCGAAGUAAAAUUGCGGAUCAGGGAACGUUUCAUAGUACAAAUUACGCCGGCUUUCAAAUGCGCGGGCUUGUGGCCGCGAUCGGCGGCUCACUGGCCUCUUCCGCAGAUCCCGUGGCCGCAUCCCAACCACGUGGUGGAAGUCAAAACAGAGGGUUUCGAUUUGCUGUCGAAGGAAUGCAUCGCUUUGCAAGGGAAACAAUCCGCGAUGGAGGGCGACGCAUGGGUUCUAUCUUUCAUAGAAGCAGAAAACAGAUUAUUGCAAGGAGGUUGCCGAAGACGUUGCCUGAGCAUUCUGAAAACGCUUAGAGACAGGCACUUGGACCUUCCGGGAAACCCCGUCACCUCUUACCACAUGAAAUCUCUUUUGCUGUACGAGUGCGAGAAACACCCUCGCGAAACCGAAUGGGAAGAGUCCUGCAUAGCCGACAGGAUAAACGGCAUUUUUCUGCAGCUCAUCUCCUGCUUACAGUGCAAAAGGUGUCCGCAUUACUUCCUGCCCAACUUGGAUUUGUUCAAAGGGAAAUCGCCCAGCGCUCUCGAGAACGCUUCCAAGCAAGUUUGGAGAUUGACGAGGGAAAUGUUGACGAAUUCGCGGUGCUUCGAGAAAUUAUAGUGCGCUUAAAAAUUUUGUGACAAUUUCAUCCGAAUCCGAAAUAUUAACACUGAAAUGUGAUUUUAGUGAUAGGUAUUCUGAAAUUUAUUUAUUUAUUGCGACGUUCAACGUCGUCCACGGAACUCUGUUGUUUUCUCUAUAAGGUACUGUAAAUAUUUUAUUUAAAGAAGUGUGUGUACUAACCAAUAAAAUAUUUUUGUUAUACCUACAUAAAAAAUGCCUGCCUAGUUCCUUACAAAUCAAAUACUUAUUAAUUAAUUCAUUAAUUUACACCAAUAUCUGUGAUUUUUAGAUUGUAGACUGUUUUCAAAUAUUUAUAAUUACAUUUUUAUAAUUAACUACGCUAUUUUUGUACAUUUAUAAUUUUAAAUUGAAUUUAUAAUAAAACAA